AUGAGUUCACAACAUUUCAUUCCUCCAUUAAAUUAUGGUAUGAUUGAAGAAGAUUUAUAUAGAUCAGGACAGCCAAAUGAAUUGAAUUUUCCAUUUUUAGAGAAACUUGGUCUGAAAACUGUUGUUUGGUUAGCUCCUGAAGAACCAAAUCAACGAUUUAUAAAUUUUAUUGAUGACCAAGAAAUUCACUUUUAUCACUUGGGUGUAAUUUCAUCAACAACAAAUGCAUGGGAUCCCAUUACUGAAGAAGUGGUAUUAGAAGCUUUGGAAUUGAUUCUUAAUUCUCAUAAUUAUCCAAUGAUUAUUAUGUGUAAUUUAGGUAGACAUAGAACUGGUACUAUUGUAGGAUGUUUACGUAAAUUACAAAGAUGGAAUUUGACUUCAAUUUUCGAAGAGUAUCGUCGUUAUGCUGGUCCUAAAGUUAGAGUUUUAAAUGAACAAUUUAUUGAAUUAUUUGAUACUGACUUGAAAACUGAUGGGUUAAAACAUUUUGUUGAAGGAAUAAGCGAAAAUACUUCUUUUGGAAUUGAUGAUGGCGGAUUACUCAACCAAAUGUAUUUUUGCUCAGUUAAGCCGAAUGGUGGAUCCAACUCUGGAUAUUUCAAAAAACUAAUUCUAGAUUUUUUCCAAAUUAUUUGGGUUGCAUCAGAUUUUGACCACAAUAAAUUACGAAAAUAUUUACAUGCGGUUGAUAAAUUGUAUAAAUCGUAUGUGUUAGAAUCGAAUAUUGUACAAUCUGAUUUACAUGCAAUAAACUCGCGUAAAACUGUAAAUAAUUCACAUAUUGUUACACAAGUCAUUUUAAUUUCUAUAAUGAAAAAAAAAACGAUCAAAAAAAAAGAUCCAUUAAAUGUUAAUGAAUGGAGCUGA